AUGUUGUCUUUUGUUCGGAACACAACUCGUAUAGCUACUUCAAUGAGCUUACGAUACUUGUCUACACCUCCAAUUAUGGGAAGUCAUGCUCAACUUGAUGACUUGAAACUUCCCAUGGAUGAACAAAUGAAUCCAUCAUUUUUCAAGAUGGUGGAUUACUACUUUGAUAAGGGAUCGCAAGUAAUCUUACCAAAACUUGUCGAUGAGAUUAAAUCACAUAAUCUGUCUGUCAAAGACAAAAAAAACUUGGUGGAAGGUAUACUGCGUGCAAUCAAGCCUGCAAAUAAAGUUUUAUACAUCACAUUUCCUAUUCGUCGUGAGAAUGGUGAAUAUGAAAUGAUAGAAGCUUGGAGAGCACAACACAGCGAGCAUCGUACUCCUACGAAAGGAGGCAUCCGUUAUGCAUUAGACGUUUGUGAAGAUGAAGUACGAGCAUUAGCUGCUUUGAUGACAUAUAAAUGUUCUGUUUCUGAUGUUCCAUUUGGUGGGGCUAAAGGUGGUGUAAAGAUUGAUCCCAAAAAAUAUACGGAAUAUGAAAUUGAAAAAAUUACUCGUCGCGUGACAGUAGAAUUUGCUAAAAAAGGAUUUUUGGGAACUGGUGUUGAUGUUCCUGCACCUGAUAUGGGAACUGGUGAACGUGAAAUGGGUUGGAUUGCAGAUACAUAUGCACAAACCAUAGGACAUUUGGAAAAAGAUGCAUCUGCUUGUGUUACUGGGAAACCAAUUGUUGCUGGAGGUAUACAUGGACGUACAUCAGCAACGGGACGAGGAGUAUGGAAAGGUCUUGAAGUAUUUAUUAACAACGAAGAAUGCAUGUCACGAGUAGGACUGACACCAGGCUUUAGUGGAAAAACUUUCAUCGUGCAGGGAUUUGGAAAUGUAGGCUUGCAUACUACUCGCUAUCUUCAUCGAGCUGGUGCAAGAUGUAUAGGUGUACAGGAAUAUGACUGUGCAAUUUUUAAUCCUGACGGUAUUCAUCCAAGAGAACUAGAAGAUCAUAUCAUUGAGAGUGGCUCUAUUAAAGGUUUUCCAAAAGCUAAACCAUUCGAACCAUUCAGUGAUCUUAUGUAUGAGAAUUGUGAUAUAUUUGUACCAGCCGCAUGUGAGAAAGUCAUCCACAAAGGAAAUGCCCACAGAAUUAAGGCAAAGGUAAUCGCAGAGGCAGCUAAUGGACCAACAACACCAGCUGCUGAUAAAAUAUUGCUUGCUCGUGGUGACUGUCUUAUUGUACCCGAUCUAUUUGUUAACAGCGGGGGUGUUACUGUAUCUUAUUUUGAAUGGUUGAAGAAUCUUAAUCAUGUCAGUUAUGGACGUCUUACAUUUAAGUAUGAAAAGGAUUCUAAUUAUCAUUUGCUUGAUAGCGUUCAAGAAUCGUUGAAACGUUGUCUCAAUAAAGACGUGAAAAUCGAACCGACAAUGGAGUUUAAGAAUCGUAUCGCAGGUGCAUCAGAGAAGGAUAUUGUGCAUUCAGGUUUAGAAUACUCAAUGCAGCGUUCGGGAAAAGCCCUGAUUGAAACUGCGCACAAGUAUGACUUGGGUUUGGAUAUCCGCACGGCAGCAUUUGCAAAUGCAAUUGAAAAAAUAUACCGAAUGUACAGAACACUUGGAUUCACUUUCACAUAA